GGCGUACGUAGUAAGGGACCGAAAUCAGCGAUCACGACAUUUACCUUGAACCAUGCUGGCACUGAUUUCGGGUAGCAAUGGUUGCUAUCAACAUGAUAUAUCAUAUAUGAUAUGUUAUUUCCUUGAUUUUCUCACCUCCUCUUUCUGUUGGCUUUAGGUCCCCUUGUCGCAGCCAGUCUGCGUCCAUUCAUUUCUUCAACUCACUCCUUCAAGUCCAAGUGGUCACCUUUGGAGAUGCUCUAUCGCUACUUUCUUUGAAAACAUUCGCUUACAGUAAAUGACAUCCAUUUGCUUGUCGUCCGCACCAAACCUGCGUUGUUUUCCAUUCUCCAAGAACGAAUACAUCGCCAUCACAGUCCCCACCGGUCUGGAGAUAAUCUUUUCUUCCUACCUGAUCUUCGUAAAUCGCGGUCCCGGCCGGAAGAACUUAUUUCUCGCCGCUGAAGGAUGGUUCUAUUUCGCACUUGCAUUGCUUGAAAUGCUUCUGCACAUCUUACCCGCUGCGCGGGACAACCCCAACGCAUCCAGAAUUAUCGACAUCACUUUAGGUGCUGCGUCAUCUGUACCCUUGUUACUUUACACUAUCUUCCUUUUCCUCUUCACCUCUGCCGAAACUAUAGAUGUCGUUCCCGUCCGCUUCCAAAAAAUUGGCAAAGCUCUGCUUAUUGUAUUCAUUCCGCUCCUCAUUGCCUCUAAUGCCGUCGCAUCAUUUGCCGGGAUUACUCACAGACUCGUUCUCCUAAACGGGCUCCCUACGCUUGUCAUCCAAGUCAUCAACGAACUGAUCCACACCUUCUUCUCCUCAUUUGCGGUAGCACUUCUAACAGCGUACCAAGCCAUCAAUUUUUCCUUUGCCUUUAUCCGCCUCGCCAUCGCCUUUAUCAAUUCACGACGUAUCGAAAGAGAUUCCGCCGAUGAGGUCGUCUUAUUCAAAGGAACCGGUUGGAUCACUGGAGGGCUCAAGCUGGGUGCGAUAGAGACCGUCAUUGGAUUUGCUGGCCCUGGUUUUGGUACCAGCCUAGUCAGGCGCAUUUUUCGGUUGUUGGCCAGAGCAUUUCUUGUCAUUGGACUCGUCAAAGGAGUCGACUUUUCGGAAGACUUCCGACUCUUUCAGAGUGAAAUGGCCCACCGUCGACGCAAAUCCAAAUCUGGAACGGCUUUCCGUCGUUCUCUCCGUCCAUUCAUAUCCAACCCUCGUUUCAGUACUUUCCGACAACUCUCUCCCACAGCCACUUCAUUCCAUCAUGGCACCAGCAGCCCCCUCCUUCCUGGCCUAGGCAGUGGAGAAAGAAGGAUCAGCGCGAUGGACACUUUUGCUGCGAUCAAAGAAACUGUUCAGAAUCAGCGGACCCAUCAACGGGUUACCAUCCAUUUUGAUGCAGCCUCUGGUCGAGCUCCUACCCUCGAAAUGCGGUUCUCGAGGCUUGAAAUGCCAAACCCAGCUUUGAUAGUUGACAGUGUCAAGGCGCCUACUUCAGAGUGGAUGACUAGGCGUGCGUCAUCGACUUGGUAUUCACCCUCUGUUGCUUCCCCCAACAACGACAACUACAGCGACUACCACAACCAUCCUUUUUCGUUUGAUGAAACUUCAAUGCCAGAUUAUCCAACAGUUGCGGCUGCGGCUGCGUCAACUUCGCGGUCUGCGGCGAUGCCAAACAGUGCCACUAGUCCUUCUUUAUCCAUCCGAAACGCGUUUUUGAACAUGUCCACGUCCACAACAGAUUUAGGUCAUGGUCAUUCACACUCACGGGUGUUAUCGGAGAUGAGCUCGUAUAGCCUUACUAGGAGCGUCGUCAAUGAAUUCCCGGAGAUCCCUCAACCGCCAUCAAAUGAGGAGUUGAGGAAGGCUAUCCGGGGGCGAAAUGAAGAUGACCCACCCUCGGGCACGGGCACCGUCAAAUCUGGUGAGGCAGGGACAGGGACGGGGACAGGGACACUGUCCGCGAGCAGUUCGUUUAAACGGAAACCUGUACCGGUGUAUGUCCCAGAACCGUUGGAUCCCUUUGAGGAUGAUGAUAUGGAGAGGAUGGAGAGGGAGAGACGAUCAAUGGAUGAAACGGACACGCCAUUACAGACGGGUGUGGCUACCGAGUAUACGUUUGGAUCGCCGAAGCGGAGGAGUACGGAUAACGAUGUCACCCCCAGGCUCGAUACUCGACAGAUGGGUUCACCAGCAUCAUCUCUCACCCCCACUCCGUUCUCGGCAACUAGUUCGUUCGGGAAUGACUUUGUUGAAGAUGUGAACAGUGCACCGUAUACCAGAGCUUUUAGCUCGAGUCAGUCGAUACCAUCCGGAGGACGGAUUGUGAGUAUCUCACCGUCCGAGAUGUUACCGUUGCCUCCUGUUGAGGAGGAGUACGAGUAUCCUCGUUCGGUUUUGGAAGGAUCUAGGAGAGUUGCUUUCCCUGAUUCAGCGGUUCCUCCAAGGAGGAAUUCCAGUAAUUACCGUGGAAAGAGUAUGGACACCAUCGAUCUUUCAUGGCUCAACAGCACAGGGGGGUCCGUGUCCAGGAUCCGGGACAGUUUGAACACCUACGAAGGCGAAGUGAAAGUCGAGAGAGCGACUCGAACUCGGGCACAUCAGUCUAAACCUUCGUUGACGAGGAUUAAGAGUGUGGGUAGGGCACCGAGGAGGUAUACGCCUACGCCCGAGAGAACGGAGUUUGUGACGAGGGGGAGUGUGUAUGUAGAGCCGAUUGUGAUUCCACCGAGGGAUAAGGAAAUGGUGGAGGUGGAGGUUAUACAGGGGAGUUCGGAUAGUCAGUUGGGAGGGGCAUUGAGGGAUUCGAGUGUGUUUGGGGGGAAUGUGUAUGUUAGGAAGUACUGA